AUGUCGCAGGAAAGUAGCCGCGAUUUUAUUGUAACUGGCGGCAGCAACAAUCAGCUUCCAGCGAACCAAGGGCGAGCCUCUGCAGAGAUCGAGAUCCACCCCAUCCGCAUUUCUCACUUUAUAUAUACGGAUGCCUAUGGCGGGACCGCAGAGAAACGAGCCAAAUUUCUCCUUGACAUCUUGACACAGUGUCGUGGCGUGGCCCCCGCAGGAUUCUGUAUAGGUGUCAAGAUAAAUUCUGCGGAUCACGAUACAGCAGAUUUUGAAGAUACCAUUUGCCUGAUUGGGCUCUUGGUUGAAGGGGGUAUUGACUUCCUAGAAGUUAGCGGCGGGAGUGCCGCGGACCCGAAGAUGGUGUACGGCAACGAGAACAAGCAUCCGGAACAAAAGACCCUACGCAGUGCUGCGCGCGAAGCAUUCUUUCUCGAAUUUGCUGCAGAGACUCGCAAGAGGUUUCCCAAACUUAUCCUUAUGUUGACGGGGGGUUUCCGCAGCCGUGCUGGAGCUGAGGCUGCUAUCAGGGACAGUGUGUGCGAUCUGGUCGGCAUUGCACGUCCAGCGGCUGUCAACCCGAAACUACCAUUGCUACUGAUAGACGAGAGCGUUCCAGACAUGGAAGCGAAGUUUCCUUUGAAUAAGGUCCAAACUCCUCGACUGGCUAAAAUUCUGAACAUAAAGGUGUUGGGGGCGGGUGCGGAGAGCGUAAGUGGUCCUGCCUACAUGGUUUUUCUGAACCGGUUGGACAGAUUUUUGGCUCAUGAUAACAUUUAG